AUGGCCUCCACGUCGCUUCGCUGCCGUCUUACACCUCAGCUCUUCACCGCCGUGUUCCUCCUGUCAGGUGGCGGUUUUGUUCCGGCUUUUGGUUAUAAAGUGAAAGAAGGGGGCGUGGCAUCGCUAUCCUGUGAGUACUCGGUGCAGCGUUUCGGAUUGAGUCGGGUCUGCUGGGGUCGAGGCUGUGGGACCCUGUGGUGCAGCAACAUCCUGAUCCAGACGGAUGAGAACGGCGUCGUCUCCACGGCGGACGACCGCUACCGACUCACAGGAGACGUCCUGGAAGGACAGAUGGACCUGGACAUCCUGAAUGUGAGGCGUACCGACAGCGGGGUGUACUGCUGCAGGGUGGACAUCGACGGACUCUUCAAUGACAAGAAAGUGAUCAUGAACCUGCGGGUGGUGAAAGCUUCGAUCAUCGGCGCUACAACGACAUCGCCGACAACAACGUCAACAACUCAAGUCACGGAGGCGUGUACUGACAGAGAAAACAGCAAAAUGCUCCAAUCGCCUCAGCUGGACGUUAUAAGAAGGAACUCAACAAUGCUGCACUCCACCACCAUCACUUCUGUGAACUCACCAGCGUCGCUCUCCCUUCAAAUCAACGUUCCUGUUCUCUCUUUGUCCCUCACUGUGCUCAUCAUUCUGGCCGUGUUUUUUCUGUCUAUGGCCUUCAAGCGGGGGUUACACAGGCCAGGUUUAAGGAGCGGCUGUUUCUCCAGUGAGGAACCUCCUCAUAUCAUCUAUGAGAUAAGGAUGAGAAGACCGGUUCAGGAGAACAUCUACACGCUAGACUAGACCUAUUUCAUUGACUUUGAAUUACGACUGCAUUGAACUGUGAACUGUACUGUUUUUGUAUUGAGACAUUUGAACGGGUACAUGUGUGACCUUUAGCUGUGAAUAA